UCAUCAUCAUCAGUUCUUCUUCUUCUUCACUCGACAACUGAAAUUACUUUCCAUUUCCAUUUCCAUUUAGAAAUUAAUUAAUUAAUUAAAUGGGUUCCUCCUCCUCAAUCCUCCUCUUAAGCGCCAUCAUCACUCUCCUUCUCUCUCCCGCCCAAUGCAAGGACCUCCUCGUCGGCGGCGACGCCGGAUGGGUGGUGCCGCCGCCCAACAACCACCACUUCUACAACGAUUGGGCUUCCAGGAACCGAUUCCGCACCAACGACACCCUCCGGUUUCAGUACGAGAAGGAGUCGGUUAUGGCGGUGGCGGACGAAGAGGAGUACGAGCAAUGCCGGUCGUCGCACCCUAUGUUCUUCGCCAACAAUGGCAACACGUCGGUGACGCUCGAUCGCCCCGGUCUCUUUUACUUCAUCAGCGGCGUCGCCGGCCACUGCAAACGAGGCCUGAAGAUGAUCGUCAAGGUUCUCGAACCGCCAUCUCCGCCGCUGCAGGCCGCCGAUGACCGUUCGUCUCCCAACGGCGCAACCGCCGUCGCCGUCGCCGUUGCCGGAUUCAUUCCCACUGUUUCGGCACUCUGCUCAUUCCUUUAAUGUAGUAUAUGAUUUUCUUUUGUGUUUUAUUAUUAUUAUUAUUAUCAUUUAGCAACAAAAAUGUAUUAGGCAAAGUGUAGAAUUUUUCCGUGAAUUAUUUGAUGUUGUCUUAUUUUCAUUUGAAAUUGAA